CACCGCAGAAAAUGGAAGCCUCCGCGGGCCUUGGCUCUCUUCCCUCCCUCUUUAUUUGUUGUGUGCAUAAAACGUUGCAGCAUGGGUUCAUGCGUAUGGGACCAUCGCAAAAGGACCAGCGCUAAUGUAACCCCUUGGCGGAAUCGGGCUGUCUGAUAAACACUGUGGCUGCUGCCGUUGCACUUUUCCGAUUUGUUUCACACUUCCCAACCAACCGACUCACUCAUUAACAAACCCAAGUCCCCUAUACUGUGUUGUUUUUGUUACGCUGCAUAGCCAGCCCAUGAAGAUGCCAUGGGCGAGAAUCGUGGUUCUUGGCUGGCGUGCGCCGCCUAUAUUUUCUUUUCCUGGUCGCUUGUUGCCUUUCUGAUCCGCGUGUGGGCAAAGUACAGAACAAAAUCAUGGGCGUUGGACGACUACGCCUAUUUAACCGCAUUCCUUGCGUCGCUGGUUCACGUUGCCCUCGUGGCCAAAGCAAUCAACUGGGGAUAUGGCAAGGCUCUUGCUGAGUUGCAAGAUGCUCCAGUACCUCAAAUAUCUAUGAUCCUGUAUGUCGCGCAGUUCUUCUACCUCAUCUCCAUCGGACUGUGCCGCAUCGCGACGGCCAUGUUUAUUGGUCAUAUUAUCUUCACUAAAGGAAAUGUUUGGAUCGCCAGAAGUCUCGCCAUAGCCGGUGCAGUAUGGGUAACGGGCUCCAUCAUUGCCAUUGCUGUCAGUGGCUACGAACACUGGCAGACUAUAACCAACGACACCCAUCUCCACACCGCAUGGAUGGGCAUUGAAAUCAGCGGGAUGGUUCUUGAAUUCGCCCUCUGGAUUUCAUCGUGUCACCUCGUGUGGGGGCUGCAGAUGAAGCUUACCAGGCGACUUUUUAUCCUCACAGCCUUUGGCACACGCCUAUUAUUGAUACCCUUAGUGAUCCUACGCCUUCGCUACCUCCAACCCUCUAUAUUAAACGAAUCCCCCACCGCAUCAGGCAUAGUAGCAGACAUCUUUACAGAAGCCGUCCUACAAUUCUCAAUUAUAGCAUGCUCAAUGACAGCCUUGAAGCCAUUCCUCGCAGUAUUCGACCCAGCACAUGUUGUUGGAUACGCUGGAGGGACGUCGCAUAGCUCGACGCUUGCUUCCAAAGACCGAACACGCGAGCGGUACUACCGCUUGCAAAAUCUGCAUCCGCGGCCGCAAGACCAACAGGACCCCUCCGGCGAGAAUGCUUGGAAACCGUACGAGGGACCACAGGCCAAAGGUGGGUUUACAUCAGCGGAUGUUACUGCAACAGCAGCAGCAGGAGCGUCAAUAACCCAACCACGAACAAGUGCGGAACGUGGAAAGAAAGCGUCCACUGAGCACAAGGGCAAACUUAAAAGAUCAAAGACAAGCGAGGAGCAGGAUGAAUCGUGGUCUGUGCAAACAGACGGCUCAGAGAAGAUGAUUAUAAAACGGACAGUAGAGGUCUCGAUCCAAUACAACAAGGAUGGAAGCCCGGGCCCAAGCAACUAGAUUGCAGGGCGUAAGAAUGAAGAGAAAGAAAAGUUCUGAUUAGCAUGUUUGUGGAGCAUGGCGUUACAUUUUGUUUUGGGUAACACAUUUACGGCUACGGGAACGACAUAGUGUCCCAGAUGGAUGAGAUACCCGAGUAUAUAAACAACAGCAAGCGAGCAAUGUUUUCUAAAAGCGAGAUUUAGAUAUAGACAGAUGGCGGGUUUUUUUUCAAUAUGCAUUGGUACUUUUUUUAUUCUAUUCAAGAGUUCAUCAAUUAUCGUUUCAGCGUCUUCUGCUUCUCUGCAUCCGUCGCGACAUUCCUGCCUUCUACCAAGAGACCCUUCUUGCGACGCACAGCAUCCAUAUAUCUCUUGGCGACAUUCUCCUUGUCCGCAAGCUCGCCUAGGUCUUCCAGAUCGUCCUCGGUGAACGGGACCCAGAAGGGAUCUUCAUCAAGAAUCUCAAAUCCGGCAAAGAUGAGCUGUGGCUGGGCGGCACCACUUGUUCGCUUGCGCAUUUCAUCGGCAAAACCGAAACUCUCGGCUACAGGGAGCAGUGCUUGGAUGGUGAAGAACGGCGUGCCCUCCUUCAUGGUCUCGGCGACAACGCGGCCGCGUCUGCGAGUCAACACGUCGUAUACACGGCCCAGGACUUCGGUGGAGGCUUGGAUUUCCACGGUGUACAUGGCCAGCAUGAGGCGUGACGACCAGUCGAGGAAGCCACUUCGAAUGGCGGACUGGAAGGCCUUGAUGACUUCGCCGGUGAGACGGCCGAUGUUCUCGCGCGCUCCGGACUCCUCACCUUCAAGGUGUAGAGUGACGUCGUCGACAAAGACGGCUACGCCUUGCAUUGGCUCCUGGCAUAGAGGACCUUGCGCCGUGGAGAGCUGGAAGGCGUAGGAGAUUUUAUCGGCGAGGUGCUUGGGGUGUAAGGAGUCGGAGCUGCCGUUGCUGUUGGUCUUUCCGGUGGCAAAGAUUCUGGGGAGGAUGCCGUCCUUUGUUGCAUCGAUGAGCAGGUUUGGUCCUGUGCGGCGUGGGCCGAAACCGACAACUUGGUCAAUGACACCCUUCCAUAGUUCUUUGCCCUUGCCAGUCUCUAGGAGCUCCUGGAGUUUCUUCAUUAGGUCAUCUGCGGAUAGAAUAGCAUUGGAAGCUAGAGCGGUGUCUACAGCAAUCUUCUCGUCAAUAGCCUCCGACUCAGCAUCCUCGCCAGCGGACUUCUUCUCUGUGUAGACGCGCUUGAUGGAGUCGGCGUUCUUGAUCAGGAAAUCAGUGACUUCAGCGGGUAGUGGGCGAACGCGGAUAGAAAGAGAGAUUAGCUUGGAGCUGGUGGUAAUCUCUACAGCACCGCGUCCUAGUUCCUUAUUCACGGGAGGCCUCAUUUCUUCGGCACGGACAAUCGUUUCGCGGUACGGCACAAUGGGGGCACCGGCCUGGAUAUCGCAGCGGGCAAAUCGUUCCUUGAGAUCGAGCAAACAUCUUUCCAGAUGCAAUUCACCGGCAGUAAGCAAGACGUGCUCUCCGCUGGCAAAUUGCUCGUAUUCAGCGCAAGGGUCACUUUGUACCAGAAGCUUUAGUCCUUCAAUCAUCUUGUCCAGAUCAGCAGGGUUGACAGGCUCAAGAGCAACACGGACGAUAGGCUGACCGGCCAUGCUGACACCAGCGAGGUUUACUGCGCCGUCGAUCUGACUGCAUAGCGUACCGGACUUGAGAAUCUUGCCUUCGAGACCAGCAAUUCCAAAGACCACACCUGCGGGAACUGAGUCGAGAGCCUCCAGGUUACGGCCCAUGAGCAUGUACAGUGCCUUGACCUCAAUCUUUUCAGGCUUCGGCUCUGUAUCGGGGUCCGCGGGGGACCAUUUGGGUGGGAUGACGUAGAUGGAAUCUCCAAUGGAUAGUGUACCUGAGAAAAUACGGGCAAAGCCAAUGAGGUGCUCGGGGUCUACUUUGGCUUCCUCGAGUUCUGGUGUGUAGUCGUCGAGGUUGAUAUGCUGAAGUGUAUCUGCCACGUUAUUCACUGCUUCGCCUUGCUGUGCAAUGGCUCGGGCUGCCUCAACUCGCUUCUGACGGGCUAGUUCUCUAGCUUCAUCCGCACUGAGAUGGCUUGUAGCCUUGCGUUUAUGCUCGGGGAGUUCGCUCUCUGGGAUAGACACCAUUUUACUAACGUAUGCAACCACGGGAUCUUCCUUUUCGAUCUUGAAUGAAACCAUGGCGUCUCGAAUAGCUGGGUUGAUCUUAUCCGAUCCAGGCGAGCUAUCCAAAACAUCGGGUAUUCUUUGUUGCUGGGCUGCCGGUGGUGAAGGUAGCGAUUCAAUAACGGAUACUAGCAACGCAGUAGACAAUGGUAGCCAGUUGGAGAAGACAGUCGUAAGAAGCAGUCGGGGAUCGCGGGCUCGUAGAGUAUGAGGGGGAAUAUUAAUGCCAAGAGACUUUGUAACCUUUUCCAAAAGCACGGGGUCUCCCUUGCCAGCAUCACCUCCCGUAGUUGCUUGGUACACAGUCCAGACAGGCUCGAGGACAAGCUGUACAAACAUGGGCUUCAAGUUUCUGCCUUUGAGAUGCUUGGCACCGAGAAUCUUUUUUGUCUUUGGGUCGAGGUAGAAGGAUCCCCAGAGGACCUUUUCGAGGAUACCCCUCUUGAUACCCAAUUUCUUCUCGUAUAAGCUGGCGAACUGGCGACAUGUGAACGCCCAUCCGUCAAUAGCGCUGCUAAAGAUGACGUUGUUCUUCUCGGGAGCAAAGUAGAUGUCUUCAUCGUCUUUUUCUUCAAAUUCCAGCUCGCCUGCGUCUGUAGCGUCGUCUGCAGCCUCGGCUUUCGCGGCGGCGGCAGCGUUGACCCGCUCCUCCAUCUUUUCUCUCCAGUUGAGAUCUUCUUCCAUGCGUUCGCCUUGGAAGAAACUACCGAGAACGGCGUUGACUUGUUCUAGGAGCUUGUUCAGAUGGGUAAAGGCUUCGUUGGGCGUCAUCUUGAGCUCGGUGAUUAAACGGUCCAUCUUGUUGAUUACCAGCAGAGGCUUGAGCUUCUCAGUCCACGACUGUCGCAAGACAGUGACAGUCUGACUGCACACGCCUUCUACAGCAUCUACCAGCACUACAGCACCAUCACAUAAUCUAGAUGCUGUAGAAACUUCGCUGCUAAAGUCGAUGUGGCCUGGAGAGUCGAUCAAGUUGAUAAGAUAUUCUUUGGCUUCUGGCUCUGCGCCAGGUGCAUUACGGCGAAGCAUAGAGAAAAAUAAGGAUAUAGCGGAGGAUUCCAUGGUAAUGCCUCGAGUUUGUUCGUCCGGUCGAGAAUCGAGAUAUCGGA